AUGGUGGUGGGCGACAACAACUCGGCGGAGAUUUGGUGCAGCGACGGCGACAUCGUCAGGGACGGCGGCGCGAGCUCGCAGGAUGAACGCGCGAGGCAACCUUCGAAAACCGACCAUCGCGAACGUUGCAAACGACGUCCCAGUCGUCUCGGGAAAGAAACCUUGGGCGACCAGAAUCACGUCGCGUGGACGAGCGUCCGGCAACACCGGUGGCACGGCGAGUUGGUAGUCGAAGGAGAGACACCUCACUGGCUGAACGGAAGUUAUCUAAGGAAUGGUCCCGGUCUAUGGCAUGUCGGAGACCACAACUUCGGCCACCUCUUUGAUGGCUACGCUAUGGUGGUAAAGCUGCAGUUCGAGAAUGGAAGAAUAAUCGCUGGCCACCGCCAGAUCGAAUCCGAAGCAUACAAGGCCGCAAUGAAGCAUAAUAAGCUAAUCUACCGAGAAUUCUCUGAGGUCCCCAAGGCAGACAAUUUCCCAUCCUAUAUCGGCGAACUUGCUGGCUUGUUCUCUGGGGCGUCUUUGACUGAUAAUGCCAAUACAGGAGUCUUCAAGCUCGGAGAUGGACGAGUGAUUUGCCUCACGGAGACACAAAAAGGGUCGAUAAUCAUCGACCCAACCACGCUUGAGACCUUAGGGAAGUUCGAGUACACCGACUCCAUAGGGGGUCAGUUACAAUCCGCUCAUCCGAUCGUGACUGAUACUGAAUUUCUAACGGUGUUGCCGGACUUGAUCAACUCAAGGUACUUGGUGGUGAGGAUGGAGCGGGGAUCAAAUGAGCGGAAGGUGAUUGGGAGAGUGGAGUGUCAAGGUGGCCCCAAACCCGGUUGGGUCCAUUCGUUCGCCAUUACCGAGCACUACAUCGUCGUGCCGGAGAUGCCCUUGAGGUACAGCGUAAAAAACAUCCUAAAGGCCGAGCUCGGUCCGCUGUACGCGUUUGAGUGGCACCCAGAAUCCAAAGGGUUCGUGCAUGUUAUGUGUAAAGCCAGCGGCAAAAUCGUGGCAAGUGUGGAGGUUCCCUUGUACAUGACGUUUCACUUCAUCAAUGCAUACGAAGAGACGGACGAAGAUGGGCGAGUCGUGGCCGUGAUCGCCGAUUGUCGCGAGCAUUAUGGGGACACAACCAUCCUCGAGAAGCUCAGGCUCCAAAACCUUCGCUCCUUCGCCGGCCAAGAUGUACUUCCUGAUGCUAGGAUUGGGAGGUUCACAAUACCAUUAGAUGGAAGUCCAUAUGGGAAGCUGGAGACAGCAUUGGACCCAAUUGAACAUGGGAGAGGCAUCGACAUUUGCAAUAUCAACCCUGCCUUUUUGGGCAAAAGAUACAGAUUUGCCUAUGCUUGUGGGGCCCAACGCCCUUGCAAUUUCCCCAACGCCCAUAUUCAUGUCGAUCUAGUGGAGAAGAAGGCGAAGAAUUGGCAUGAAGAUGGCGUCGUGCCGUCAGACCCAUUCUUCAUUGCAAGGCCUGGGGCGACAGAGGAAGAUGAUGGUGUCGUGAUCUCAAUGAUUAGUGAGAAAAAUGGAGGUGGGUAUGCGUUGCUGCUUGAUGGCUCCACUUUUGAGGAGAUUGCCAGAGCAAAGUUCCCUUAUGGCCUUCCUUAUGGUUUCCAUGGUUGCUGGAAUCCCAAAGAAGUAAAGAUCUUCCAUGAGGGUAUUCGUUAA